GAGAACUCAGCUGACCUGUCAACAGUUCCGCCAGAGGAAAAACGGACUGCGGUCCUGUUUACAUCGAUUCAUUUGCCCACAGCAGCGGGGGCCGUGUCUUGCAUUUCAGCCAUCAGAAUAGGACAGACAGGAAACAAUAUUGAGCAAGAUCCGGUGCAGCGCUGACCGCGAGCUCACCUGUGCUGGUGGUGGAUGCAGAACAUGGAGGAGUCCUCUCCCCUGCGGAUCACUCCGACAGUGCAGGCGCUGAGCUCCGCGCUCCGGGCGAAGCCGCAGCAUGGGGACGGUGAGCGGAUCUUUCCGGACCCGGAGAAGCUCUGGUUCAAGGAGAGCAGCGCCAAGAAUAUCCGGAACAGAGACUUCCUGUCGCCGACCACGGUGCUCAACACGCUGUACGCAGACGGCCAGGUUCCUCCAGCGGUGAUGUCCAGAGUCCUGUCUCUUCGUGGAUGCGGGGUUCUCCCAGUGGCAGGUGGUGAGGUGAUGGGCGAGGGCCUGCGAGUGAGAGUGGACCGACCCGCAGCCUUCAGAGCCGUGCUGGCAAGCGGAGCGGCUGAUUACUUGAGCCCUUUUUGUCAGAGGCAAGGUCGCUUGGUGCUCAACUGUCCAGCUCUUCACCCCAGACCCAACACACCCUCUCCAGACACCCUCACUCUGGGCCAGCUGAGGACUGUUCUGCUGACCGACCACUUGGGGGCGCUGUUGAGAAGACAGGGGUUCACAGUAUCCUACUGCCCCACACUCCCCGGCGACAGCGACAUGCUCAACUUCCUGAGGAAUUUAGGGAUCGACUGGCCGACGACGCAGAGCAACUGUGACAAUGAAGGGCUGGAGGAGAAGAUCCAGAAGGCUCUGGAGAACUCCCGCUACCGAGAGAGGGAGACAGACAGAUGCUGGAAGGCUAGCGGAGGCGGUGGGAAGAAGACAGAGGAGGGGGAGAAUGAGGGAGUGCUCAGAGUUAACUUGAAACGGGUUUUCCAGGAGGAGGGUUUGCUGGGAUACGACCCCAGUGUUGGUACCUGUACAGUGCACAGAGACAGUAUUUGCCACCUAGCCCAACUGGAGCUGGCCACAGCAGACUGCACAGUAGCCAUGGCAACAGCAGUGCAUGUGACUUCCUAUCAGGAUGAGUUUCGUCAGCAGCAGAUAGCGAUGCUGUGGAGAGCCAGCGGAGCAACACACACACAGAAACAUCUGGUGUGUGGGCCGGUGAAGACCCCUGGUGCACACCUCUCUGCUGCUCAGUAUCUGCAGCUAAGAAGAGGUCAGAUGAAGGAAGCCUCUGAGAUGAAGUAUGGAGACCAAGUUGAAGGUCAAACGUGGGAUGACAUCAUCAGGGUCAUGACCUCUGCCACAGUCCGAUUUGAACUGCUGUCAACUGUCCACACCAGUCCUGUGACAUUGGACGUCCAAAAAGAAGGCGGCGUGUCCACCAAAGGGCCACGGGGAGGAGUGUUUGUGAUGUAUAACUGUGCCAGACUACACACUUUGUUCGACAGCUAUGAGAGAGCAGUAGAGAAGGGUCAGUACCCUGAAAUCCCUGAAGGCGCCGAACUGGACUUCUCAGCCCUCAAAGAGGAGGGCGAGUGGCUUCUCCUAUUCAACUAUCUCAUUCCAUUCACCGAGCUGCUGGAACAAACCGGACAAGUGAUUGACCAACAAGGGGGAGGGGCUAGAAUCAACAUGAAAACCGAACAGAUCUGUAAGUUCCUGGUGUCCCUCAGUAAAGACUUCAGCUCCUACUACAACAGAGUGCACGUGUUGGGGGAGCCGUUGCCACACCUCUUCAACCAGAUGUUUUGUCGUCUGUAUCUGUUGAGAGCACUGAGGCAGCUCUACCACAGCGCUCUGGACACUCUCAACCUUCCUCCCAUCAGGCAGCUAUAGUUUCUGUCACUGUUCCAUCAUGGCUACCUCCCGCCGCUCCUCACAGACACAGCACCUGACUGUGCUGCCACUAACUCACAUGCACCUUUGUCAACCAAACAAAGACGUUCUCUGUUUACAUUAUUUGUCGUUAGCUUGUUGAUAGCCAAACACACCUCAUUCUUCACAAUAUAAAUACCAUGAAUAUGUGCACAAUUCAGUUUGAUGACAGAGAGGCAAAUGCGUUUGAGGCUUCUACAGUGUUUUAAUGGCUCUUUAUAUUAAAUGUAGUUUUUAUUUAGCUGACACUUUUAUCCAAAGCGACUGACUGCUGUCAGGUGGAGGAACCUUAGAAAGCCUGUCGAAAGAUCCGCCCAUAUUCUUCAGGUUCGUACAGUCAUUCCAAUACAUACAGGCCGACACCACUCACUGCCAUGCAGUAAUCCUUGUCACAAAAGCUAGAGCCAUAUUGAAAUUCUUCGGAGCACCACACGGAUGUCUGAGCUGGCAAGCAAACCUUCUUGUCUCGCGCUUCAUCAAGUCAACGUCCCUUGAACUGUACUUGAGUGCCAAACCCUGACUGUCAUCUUCAAUAUGACCAUGACAACCUUUCACUGUCCACUGGCCCUAUUAAUGUGUCUUACAUGUGAUGUGUCUUUCCUCACUCGUGUUCUCAAAUGUAUUUCAGCUAUUUAUUAUCGGAGAGAAACAUGUCCAGGAGCUUUAGUCUGGAAGUAGUUUAGCGUCGACUCGACAGUAUUAACUGCAGGAGUUACAGGGAAAGUGGCUUGUGCCUUGAGUAAACAUGCAUGCAGCAGCAUGGAGAUAAUGAAAAAGGAGUUUUACUUGUGAAAUAAAGUAUUUAUACAUACAAGGGGCAACGUGAAGCAUUUCUAUGUCCACUGACUGUGCCAUACCUUCCUUCAAAAAAAAAAAAAAAAACUACCACAAAUAUUUAUUGAAUUCAAUCCACAAAUACAUUUGGCUCUUAAAUUCCCCUAAAAACAUCCGACAGUAUUAAGCAUGUGAUUUAUUUAAGAUGGGGAUCUUUACACACACACUUUUGCAUGGCUGGAACACAUCCUCUGGAGUAUAAUAUUGCUGUGACUGACCUGAGCGGUGUGCGUUGAUGAACCCACAAGCUCACAUUUGUUAAAUUAAGUUUGUGUUAUUAAAACACUGCCUACCACUCGAUCUUUUUAGUUGUUUUGUUUUCACUUUACAACUUGCAUGAAGCUUUCAGCAAGUAAAAUAAGCCAUCUUGCUUCAAUUGUAAAUAACU